UCAGACACUGGAACACUAGAGGAGACACACGCUUUCAGAGGGAGAACAUACAAACUCCUCGCAGACACUGGAACACUAGAGGAAACACACGCUUUCAGAGGGAGAACAUACAAACUCCUUGCAGACACUGGAACACGAGAGGAAACACACGCUUUCAGAGGGAGAACAUACAAACUCCUCGCAGACACUAGAACACUAGAUGAUACACACGCUUUCAGAGGGAGAACAUACAAACUCCUUGCAGACACUGGAACACGAGAGGAAACAAACACUUUCGGAGAGAGAACAUACAAACUCCUCGCAGACACUGGAACACGAGAGGAGACACACACUUUCAGAGGGAGAACAUACAAACUCCUCGCAGACACUGGAACACGAGAGGAGACACACUCUUUCAGAGGGAGAACAUACAAACUCCUUGCAGACACUGGGAGGAAGUUAAUUCCGAUCGCCAGGGCUGUAAGGCUUUACACUGAUCACUGCACUACUGUGCCACUGUUGAUGAUGGGGUGAAAUUUAAAGCAAAAUUCAAAUUAAUUAGUAAUCCAAAAUUUUAAGCAAGCUGUCAGGAAGUUACUGGAUUGUGUUUGAAAACCUAUCUCCUUCAUAAACAUUACACUGGGUCUUUAUUUGCUUUGGCAGAUUGUAACUCCAAACACACCACUCUGCUAGACUCUCUAAAAUGGUCCUGCAAGCAUUCAGUUCCAAAGUUCAGAAGUAAAUUCAUUUUCAAAGUACAUAUAUGUCACCACACACUACCCUGAGGUUCAUUUUCUUGUGGGCAUUCACAGUAAAUACAGGAAACACAAUAGAAUCAAUGAAAGACUGUACUCACGGGACAAACAACAAAUGUGGCAAAAGGCAGCAAACUGCAAAUACAAAUAAUAAAUAAAUAAGCACUAAAAAUCGAGAACAUCGAGAACUAAAAUGAUGAAACCUGGGUUUCAUCACCUAAGUUACAGAGAAAGGUUGAACAAGUUGGGUCUUUAUUCUUUGGAGCAUAGAAGGUUGAGGGGGGACUUGAUAGAGGUAUUUAAAAUUAUGAGGGGAUUAGAUAGAGUUAACGUGGAUAGGCUUUUUCCAUUGUGGGUGGGGGAGAUUCAAACAAGAGGACAUGAGUUGAGAGUUAAAGGGCAAAAGUUUAGGGCUAACAUGAGGGGGAACUUCUUUACUCAGAGAGUGGUGGCUGUGUGGAACGAGCUUCCAGCAGAAGUGGUUGAGGCGGUUAACAUAGAUGAAGAGUCCUUGAGAAGUGAGUUCAUAGUUUGUGGGAAUAGUUGUAUGUUGGGGUGAGUGCAGAUGAGUGAAUUUAUCCCCUCUCAUUCAACAGCCUGAUGGCUGAGGGGUAAUAACUGUUCCUGAAACACUGCUGUGCUAGUAAUGAGAUACAUCAUGAAGAAAUACAUUUAAAAUAAAGGGCCUUGCAGUUUUUAUGCAUGAACAGAAAGGCCAGCAAGAAGCAUUUUGCAAGGAUCUCUUAGCCAGAACCUUCAGAAAAUGCUGUCCACAGAUAUUCCAUUACACUGCUCACCAAUAAAGAAAUAGAGACACAAGCGACUGCAGGUGCUGAAACGUGGAGCAACAAACAAUCUGCUGGAGAGACUCAGAGGGUCAAACAGAUUCUGUGGGGAAAUAAAUUGUUGAUGCUUUUGGUAAAAGCCUUGCAUUACUGUCCGGAUACUGUUUUUGUACCACAAUGGCUACAAAAAGAAAUGGUGCUUGAUCAUUAUAAAAUCCACACUAAUCAUGCAGACUGAGAUACCACCUGUUUCUUCUGGACAUGUAACACAUUCUCUGUGUGGAUGCUGGAAAUCUAUUGAGAACGUUAAAGUAAAUUUAUUAUCAGAGGCUGUAUACGUCACAGUGAGAUUCAUUUUCUUGCAGGCAUUCAUAGGACAACAAAGAAAUACAAUAGAGUAUGAAAACCUACACACAAAGUCUGACAAAGGGUGAAUCUAAGUAAAACACAAGAGAUACUUCAGGUGCGGCAAAUGUUCAGUAACACAGAAAUCUCGACAUUUCAUAGAAGCUGACUUCAUCUAGCAUGUGGUGAAUGGCAACGAAUUCUACAGAUCCACCAUCCUCUAGCUAAGGAAAUUUCUCCUUAUCCCCCAUUUGCACUUUGCACCACAGUGGGUUUUGUUUCUUCUUUGUAUAAUUUUUGUUGAACAUUUCCAUUUUUCUUCUGAAUGUUCUGAACCUGAUGCUCUGUGCCUGUGAAGUUGAUGCAGGUGAUUUUUUUUUAGUGCACCUGUGUAUAUAUGCAGUUGUGCACACAGGCUCAAUACUGGGUAGUCAAAACUGCCCAACCUAUCACCAGAACCAGAUACCCACUAUCAAGGACAAGUACGCUGAGAGGUGCUGGAAAGCAGCCAGUAACAGCAUGAACGAUCCCACUCACCCUCUUCAUGGACUGUUGGUGCCACUCCCAUCAGGGAGGAAACUACAUAGCAUGCAGGCCAGGAAAAACAGUUUCUUUCCCCAAGUAGUAAGACUGAUCAACACCCCCACCACUAACCCACACCUCCACACCCCCAACAACCAGAACUUUAUCAUUUCCUGUGAGUUGCCUUAUGUGCAGACACUCACUUAAUGGAUACACAAUCAAAUUACGUAUUUAGGCUAUCUUAUAUGCAUUUAUAUUUAUUGUUUUAUCAUUAUUGUGUUCUUUAUCUCAUUGUGCUAUCUUAUCAGAGCUGGAGUAACAAUUAUUUCAUUCCCCUUUACACUGGUGUACUGGGAAUGAUAUUAAACCAUCCCGAAUCAGACACUUUGGCAGUAUGUUUAUUGAAUGAGUAUUUCCUGUGUAACUCCGUGCAGACUUUCGCUACUGACUAAUGUUGUGUAAACAGGUUACUCCAUUAAAAUAUACAGCACCCCUUCAAAGCCGGUGCGCCAGUGGAACCAGAAAGGGGAGAUGUUAGCAUUGUGUCACAGAGUCAGAGGCAGGUGAAUGGGAAUGCAUGUGGUGAACACUGCGUUAAGAUGGACUGUGCCGCGGGCUCGCUGUCGGUUUGCCUGGAGUGAUCAGGGUACGUCAUUUCUCCUUAUCCACGCUGGUAAUCCAAUCCGGAAACAUAAUGACAGUGCAGACAAUCAGAAGGCAAGGUAUUCCUCCUAAAAUAGGCGAUGGUGCAACGUCCAUCGGAUAUAAACACAAGAGAUUCUGCAGAUGCUGGAAAUCCAGAGCAGCACACACAAAAUGCUGGAGGAACUCAGCAGGUCAGGCAGCGUCAAAGGAGGGCAAUAAACAUCGGGGGAAUUACUUUGGACAUUAUUUGAUGGACUUCUAAGUUGGGAGGGGGAUGGGAUGAGAAGGGGGUUGUUGCAGGAACAAGGACGUGAAAACUUUAUGCGUUAUUCAAUAAACACGAGUUAGUAUUAACAGAUUGCGUCCACAAGCUCUAAUUCAACAUUUAUACUGUGUUUAAUUGUCACCUCACUGGGCUUUGGGCCACAAUGGGCGGCGCAUAAUUAAACGUUUGAGUUAAGUAAGAUUCAUAAUAACCCAUUAGGGCUAAUUCAAAAGGAUGACCCCAUCACGUAGCGCUUAUGAAUGAAAGUUCCAAUAGCGAAAGGGCGAAGAUGGACCCGGUGUAUUUUUAGCAACAUCACCAAGCGUACACAGCUCAGUAAAAAACCUUCCCGGCAGAUUAAAGGAGGUGAGAAUGCGGUCCGGAGAAGGGAAGGCACGGUCAAGCGACAGGCUGCGCCGAGAAUACAUUUCAGCUCGUUAGCUGACGUUCCUCGCUCAACGGGCCCCGGCAUCAAUUGACUCCUCUGCGUUGAAUGUAUUAAUUAUAUUAUGGUUAUUAUUCUAUUUUGAUGUGAGCAUGCCCACAGGAAAAUGAAUUUCAGGGUAGUCUGUAGUGACAGAUACCUCGAUAGUAAAUUUACUUUGAUCUUCAAUUUAGUUACCGGUGACACCUACUUAAACAGCUUCACUCUGCUCCAAUGCAGCCAAUGAAAUGUUAAGGUAGUGUAGUCAGUAUUGUAGUGCAGAGUAUGAGGUAGACAACUUUUUUCCCCCGUAAACUCCCCAAAAAUACAAGAGAUUCUGCCGAUGCUGGAAAUCCAGAGUAACCCGCAAAACGUUGGAGGAACUCAGCAGGUCAGGCAGCGUCUACGGAGACGACGCUUCGGGCCAAGACCCUUCAGGACUGGAAAGGAAGGGAGAAGAAGCCAGCUUUUCUGACUGGAACAUCGACUGUUGCUCUCCAUAGAUGCUGCCUGACAUGCUGAGCUCUUCCAGUAUUUUGUCGUGUGCUUCAGCGUCGUGUGAUAAUCAGCAAGUUCAUUAAUCAACGACUAACAGGAAAGGGAACUUGUAAAACAACAAACAAAAAAAAACACAAUUGGAUGAGUCUUUGCCCCAUCCUGAAAUCAUACACCUGGGAAUAGUCCUGUUUUGAUGUCCGGUGCGAUGGUCAGCACCUCCGGCGGUGUGGCUGCCACACUGACUGGAGUUCCAGCCACGAUCCCGGAGCCUAAAUCUCUGCCAGUACUCGCAGACUUUGAGACGAGGGCGUUACCUAGGGCGCGCACUUUCCAUAAAACAGAAGACGAGAUGGGCCGAAGGGCUAGUUUCAGAAUAAGAGCAGUUUUAGGGCGUUCGGCCCAUCGAGUCUACUCCCCCAUUCAAUCAUGGCAGAUUUAUUACCCAUCAACCCUUAUUCUCCUGUCUCCUCCUCGUAACCUUUGACGACCUUUAAUAUCCCCAAUGACUUGUCUUCUACAACCGUCUGUGGCAAUGAAUUCCCCCCGCCUAAAGUAAUUCCUCCUCAUCUCUGUUGUAAAUGGGCUGUCUAUUCAAAUGGGAUCUAUCACAGCGCCAUACAGCACAGACAGUUCGGCCCAACUCGUCGAUGUUGAGCAAAAUGCUCUUCUAAGAUAGUCCAACGUGCCACGUUUGACCCGUAUCUCUCUAGCCCUUUCCUGUCCACAGAGUGUGUUGGCUGAGUGGAACGCACUGCCAGUUGGUAGAGGGAGAUACAGAAGGGGAUAUAAGAGACUCUUAGAUCGGCACAUAGAUGAUAGAAAAAUGAACGGGUAUAGGGAAGGGAAGGGUUAAAUUGAUCUCAGGCUAAAGGGUCCGAACAACAUCUUGGACCUAAGGGGCUGUACUCUUCUGCGUUCUAAAUCUAUCUGUGCCUUUAAACAUUGUAUUGCACCUGCCUCGGCCACUUCUUAAGGCAGCUUGUUCCAUAUACCCUCCGCUCUCAGUGUCUGGAAAACCUGGUACUGUAUUUGAAUCCCGCUACCGUGUUGGAGAAACUGGUGGGUUAAUUAAGAGUUAAUUGGUCGGAGUCUCCACUAAUGUUACGCACAGGAACCAGCCCAAGUGACGGGGUUCCUUGGGAGAAUCUGUACUCGCCUGGAAGUUGCGGGGCAACUUAUUCAGUGUGGAAGUGGGCGAGGGAUUAGGUUCACGUGUUCCUGCCUCUCCGCAUUGGACGGAGUGUUUUGCAGACCGGUGCGCUGUGGCUGCCGUUUGCCUUGCACAGUCUGGCUGCGUGCACUCAUUCAAGAGGCGCUGCGCGAUCCUAGUUGAUGCGCGACUCCCGGGGCAGCUGAUUACAAGCGAACGUGUAGCGACACAGCUGCGUGAGGAGAGAGGGGGAGGGAGGGGACAGGGAGAGCAAUUGAAGGAAUAUCAAAGAAGCGGAGGUGUGCAGACGCGGAAUGGCAUGGUAAGGAGCGGAGAGUUGCUGUACUGAUCCCUCUAGCCCGCUCUUCGCUGAAGAUGGACUCGGUCGAGCUUCGCCUCGCUCUCCCCUUGAUCGUUUACUGUUGGCUGAACAUCGCGACCGCUUACUCGCAUAACUGUGACAGUCAACUGGUGUCAGAUUUGCUUCGCUGGGCCUUCAACUCCUCUUCAGAGUUCUCAAGCAGCCACAGCCCCGGCUACGCAAAGCUGAACAGAAGAGAUGGUGCUGGUGGAUGGUCGCCUUUGGAAUCUAACAAAUACCAGUGGUUGCAGAUGGAUCUCGGUGAGAGGACGGAGAUCACUGCAGUAGCUACUCAAGGCCGCUAUGGGAGUUCGGAUUGGGUGACGCGCUACCUGCUGAUGUUUAGUGAUAUGGGAAGGAACUGGAAGCAGUAUCGUCAGGAAGACAGCAUUUGGGCCUUCACAGGAAAUUCCAACGCAGACACGGUAGUGCACCACAAGCUGCAAAACCCAAUCAAAGCCAGAUUCCUUCGUUUCAUUCCUCUGGACUGGAAUCCCAAUGGAAGAAUUGGAAUGCGGGUUGAACUUUAUGGCUGCUCCUACAAAUCUGAUGUUGCUGACUUCGAUGGAAUGAGUUCCAUGUUCUACAGAUUCAACCAAAAGAGCAUGUCCUCAUUGAAGGACGCGGUCCUCUUGAAGUUUAAGACGAUGAGAAGUGAUGGUGUGGUUCUGCAUGGUGAGGGACAACAGGGAGACCACAUCACUCUGGAGCUGAAGAAAGGCAAGCUCUCACUGGAGAUUAAUUUAGGUAACACAGCUCUGCAAGAUGCUAGUGACCAUUCCUCCAUUACACUGGGCAGUCUCCUUGAUGAUCAGCACUGGCAUUACAUUGCAGUUGAACGCAAUAAGAAGCAAGUGAACUUCACUGUUGAUUCAGACACACAACAAUUUCAGACUAAAGGAGAGUCUGAUCUUUUGGAUCUUGACUAUGAGCUCAGCAUUGGAGGGAUGCCAAUUCCGGGAAAGUCGAUGCCAUCUCUGAGGAAGAACUUCCACGGCUGUAUUGAAAAUCUCUAUUACAACGGAGUGAACAUUAUUGAUCUGGCCAAGCGACACAAACCUCAGAUACACAUUGUGGGAAACGUUACAUUUUCCUGCACGGAGCCACGUAUUGUUCCGGUCACAUUCAUGACAGCCAGUAGUUACUUGAUGUUGCCAGGAAUGCCGCAAAAGGAAGAGAUAUCAAUAAGCUUUCAGUUUCGCACCUGGAACAAGGGUGGGCUGCUGCUCUACAACAAGCUACAUGAAACAUCAGGAGUUGUGCAGAUUCACCUCAGUGAUGGGAAACUGAAAGUAACGGUUCAAAAAUCAGGGAGCCAGGCUGACAUCACAACAGGUGACAAUCUGAAUGAUGGACAAUGGCACUCCAUCCAUUUGAGCACCAGACGGAAUCACGUCAGUGUCUUGCUGAAUGGUGAAGCUUCCCCCACUUCUCACUUGACCAUGCAGACAUCCUUGUACUCAGGAAGCAGCUACUACUUUGGAGGCUGCCCUGCAAACACCAUUGAUGAUGAAUGCUCCAAUGCCAUUGGUCCGUUUCAAGGUUGCAUGCGACUGUUCUCAAUAGACAACCAGCCAGCAAAUCUCAUUCUGGUACAGCAGGGUAUGCAAGGUAACUUCAGUGACCUCCAGAUAGACCUGUGUGGCAUCGUGGACAGGUGUUUACCAAAUUACUGUGAACAUGGAGGAAAAUGCUCUCAAUCCUGGACUACGUUCUACUGUGACUGCACAGGGACGGGCUACACAGGGGCUACCUGUCAUAACUCCAGGUACAAGCAAUCCUGUGAGUCGUACAAACAUACAGGGAACACAUCAGGUUUCUUCUCCAUUGAUCCCGAUGGCAGUGGCCCACAGGCGCCCCUGCUUGUCUACUGUAAUAUGACAGAGGAUAGAACCUGGACCAUAAUUCAGCACAAUAACAUGAGGGAAACAAAAUUGCAAGGUUCUCCCAAAGCCGACAGGCCUUACAUAGCAUCCUUCAACUACAGUGCCAGUAUGGAGCAGCUGAAAACCAUGAUUAACAGUGUGGAACACUGCGAACAGGAAAUUUCCUACCACUGUAAGAACUCUCGUCUCCUGAAUACACCAGAUGGAGCACCAUUCACCUGGUGGAUUGGGAGGACCAAUGAGAAACAAGCUUACUGGGGUGGUUCUCCACCUGAACUUCAGAAAUGUGCCUGUGGAUUGGAGGAUAGCUGCUUGGACACGAAUUAUCAGUGUAACUGUGAUGCUGGCAGAGAUGAAUGGACCAAUGAUACAGGGAUCCUUUCAUACAAAGACCACUUGCCUGUGACUCAAAUUAUUAUUGGAGACAUUAACAAGAUGAACUCAGAAGCUAUCUUCAAGCUUGGACCGUUACGAUGCCAUGGUGAUGGCAAUUACUGGAAUGCAGCUUCAUUUAACACUGAGUCCUCGUAUCUCCAUUUCUCAACGUUCCAUGGGGAACUAAGCGCAGACAUUACAUUUUUCUUCAAAACUACAGCUUCCUCGGGGGUUUUCCUGGAGAACCUGGGAAUAAAGGACUUCAUAAGGAUUGAGCUGAAUUCCCCAAUGGAAGUGCUGUUCUCCUUUGAUGUGGGCAAUGGUCCUUCCGAGAUCACUGUGAAGUCAGCCACACACUUGAACAACCAUCAGUGGCAUUACGUUAGAGUGGAGCGAAAUAUCAAGGAGGCAUCCCUUCAAGUGGAUCAUCUGCCAAGAAAGGUUCAGGAAGCCCCGGCUGAUGGACAUAUCCACUUACAACUCAACAGCCAACUCUUUGUUGGAGGAACAGCAUCAAGGCAGAAAGGAUUCCUUGGCUGCAUCCGGUCCCUGCAAUUAAAUGGAGUAACUCUUGAUCUUGAAGAGAGAGCGAAAAUGACCCCUGGGGUGAAGCCAGGAUGCCCUGGACACUGCAGCAGUUAUGGCAACCUGUGCCACAAUGGCGGGAGGUGUAUUGAAAAAUAUAAUGGCUACUCCUGUGACUGUGGCCACUCUGCCUACAACGGGCCGUUCUGUAAGAAAGAGGUUUCUGCCCUCCUGGAAGCUGGGACGUCAGUGAUCUACAACUUCCAUGAAUCGUAUGGAAUUACUCGGAAUACUAGCACCCAUCUGUCUGCCAUCUACUCUGAUCUGACUCUUUCAAGGGAGAACAUUGCUUUCAGCUUCCGGACAACACACAUCCCCAGCGUACUGCUUUACGUGGACUCCUACUAUCAGGAAUAUAUGGCAGUGGUUCUGUCCAGUAAUGGGAGUCUACAGAUCAGGUACAAACUGGAUAACAAUAAGGAUCCCAGUACCAUCAGCAUCGAUGACAGAAGUUUGGCAAAUGGACAACUGCACAGCGUGAAAAUUGAUCGGGAAGGGAGAGACAUAUAUGUUCAGAUUAACCAAUUCCUGGCACUGAGGUUCAACCUGUCAUUGGGGACUGAUGUGGAAUUCAAUGGCGUGAAAUCCCUGACCCUUGGCAAGAUUACAGGUGGUAACGGGAUGGACAAGGAACUACGGAAGGCCAACAUGUGGGGAUUUAUUGGCUGCCUUUCUACCGUGCAGUUUAACGGGAUGGCUCCACUGAAGGCAGCCCUACGGCUACACAGUUCAGAUCCCGUCGAGGUCAAAGGGCAUCUGUCCAAGUCACGGUGCGGUAUUUCCGGAUCGACUGGUUCGAGGACAGUCACGACAAUGCACCCACUGACAGAGCACGCUGGGACAAUUGAGGAGGGCAAGCUGCUAACCAAUGCAUUCAGGAGCGACUCUGCAGUCAUUGGAGGUGUGAUAGCGGUGGUGAUCUUUGUCAUCCUCUGCAUCAUGGCUGUCAUGGGGCGUUUGUUGUACAAGCACAAAGGCACAUACCAUACUAAUGAAACAAAAAGGGCAGAAUAUGCUGAGCCUACAGAUGCCACACUGAAGAACCAUCCCAAUUACCAGGAUUCUCUAAGUGAAGACAAGAAAGAGUAUUUCAUCUGA